CUGUGUUGAGGCCAGUCAACCAGGAGAUAAUUGAUGCCUCUCUCCUAUUGGUGUGGAGUCCCGCCCACAGGCCUCAGAGUGUGGGAAAGCUAAUCCAGCCCGGGACUCAGGGCUUUGUAAUGCUAAUGUCCGGCUAUAAAUAGGGCAGGGAGACCUCUCUGUGAUCACAAUUCACUCUGCUGUCCAAGAGAAGCACUGCUCUCCCUCCCUCCACUAGAAUGGCUCCUACCACCACCAGAGACUUCCCUUGCUCUGCGCUCUCCACCAAAGACAAACACAAACUCAGGAAGCCGCUGGUGGAGAAGAUGCGCCGAGACCGCAUCAACAGCUGCAUCGAGCAGCUCAAAGCUCUGCUGGAGAAGGACUUCCAGCAGCAGGAGCCCAACACCAAGCUGGAGAAGGCUGACGUCCUGGAGAUGACGGUGAUGUUUCUCCGGCAGCAGCUCCAGGCCCAGAGCGCCGCUCCGCACGCCGCCCACCGCCGCGGCUACGCCCGCUGCUGGAAGGAGACGCUCCACUUCCUGUCCGCCAACUCGGUGGAGGAAGUGGCGCUCCCUCGCCUCCCGGCCCUGCAGGCCGCCCAGAAGACGUGGGGGGGCGGCGGGGACCAGAGCCCCCCGUCUCCCCUGUCCUCCGCCCAGCAGCUCCACAGCCUGCAGGGCCGGGAGAAGCAGAGUCCUGGGUCCCCGAGGCCGGUGUGGAGGCCCUGGUAGACCCCCGGACCCCCUCCCUCUCCCUGGAUGGAUGUUCUCCGUUCCAAACGCUGUUCAGGAUAUUCCUGAUUCUAAGGACUAGAUGUGGUCGAGGUGUCCCGGACACAGAGCACCUUCUAACUGUGGUUUGUUAACUUCUUUGAGAAGUUUGUGUGCCUUUACAAUGUAAAAGGUAACCGUUUAAUCUCUGCUGUGCAGAGAAUGUCUUCCAGACCCUGUCAAGGAAUAACUCCUGUCUCUUUAACUCCUGUGGAGUUAACUGGUUCAUAUUGAUAGUGUAUUACUUUACCUCUGUUUGAUGACAUUGUAAAGAUAAUCGAAUUGUGUCCUUUUAUAAAGGACAG